AUGUCUGACCCAAUAACAUUAAAUGUAGGAGGAAAGCUAUACACCAGUUCUCUAGCAACUUUAACACGUUAUCCAGACUCGAUGCUGGGUGUAAUGUUCAGUGGGAAAAUGCCCUCAACUAGCGAUCAGCAUGGUAAUUUCUUCAUUGAUAGAGAUGGCAAGAUAUUUCGAUAUAUUCUAAAUUUUCUGCGGACGUCAAACCUGGACCUCCCAGAUGAUUUUCAAGAAGUGGGGCUCUUGAAGAGAGAAGCUGAUUUUUACCAGAUCCAGCCUUUGAUAGAGGCUUUGCAGGAGAGAGAAUCUGAAAAUGCCAAAGCAGAGAGAAAUGCAAUGCUCAACAUUACUCUUGAUCAGAGACUGCAGACUGUUUACUUCACAGUUAAACCAGCCCCACAAAUGUACAAUCUAACCUCAUGUAGCACAGAGGUUUUUGAUGCAAAUAUAUUUUGCACGUCAGCUGAAUUCCUGAAGCACUUGAGCUCCAAGUUUUGUUACUUUGUCAAUGGUAAACUUUUACCAAUUGGUUAUGAGAAAAAGGAUCCACACCAUUUGACACUACAGUGGGUUGGACAUGUGGCAGUGUUGCCUGAAGAUGAAUAUACAAGGCAGAAUUUAAAAAGACUAUGGAUUGUACCUACAAAUGAGCAAGUUAACAAUUUUCAGUUGUUUGUAGAGGAAGUGUUAAAAACAGCAAUGAGUGAUGGAUUCCAUGUGGAUUCAUUACAGCCAGAUUCCUCUGACUUCAUGAAUUAUAAGGUCUUGGAAACAGAAAUGGUGGAAGAUUGAAGGAAUCAUGUUUAAGUAUUUCAAUCCAUUGAUGGUGGGGAAUAGUGUUAAAUGCUUUAUAUUAUUACGUGAAGCUAUUUUGUAUUGUUCAAAUAAAG